CAAAAUCCAAGCACCGGUGCGUUGCCUUGCCUUCCACCCCCCCGCGUGUACAAAUACGAGCGCCCAGCAGCGGGCCUGAGACCCCCGGUGUCACAACCGGGAGCGCGAGGAGAGGAGAGGACUUGAAGAAGAGGAGCUGAGCUAGGGUCUUGGUCCGGGGUCUUGUCGAUCCACGGCGGUGCAAAUCUGACGACCGCCCGGCGCCGGCGAUGGGCUGCUGGUGGGAGCGCCUCGUGCUGCCGGUGCGGAGGGCGUGGCUCGGCGUCGCCUCCCGCUUCGGGGUGCGCCAGUCCGGGCUGUGGAGGCUCCGGCAGGAGGUGAGCACCUGCGAGUACGAGGACGUGCGCGUCAUGUGGGAGAUGCUGAGCCGCACCGCGUCCGCGCCCCCGCCGCCGCCGGCCAGGCGCCACAGCAGGUUCCGGCAGCCGCGGCCGUGGGCCGACAGGCUCCGCCUCUGCCGGGACAUCUAGGCUAGGACUAUCGACCUUUCCUUCCAUGGGUUCUCCGUCUUCUACUCUUCUCUGCUGCCGCCGCUGUAUGUAUGCUGCUUGGGGCUCUGAGGUGUACUCCAUUCCUCCCCGUGUAUCCGGUCGAUCCGCAUGUAGAUGGGUGAUACCUCUGGGGUAUGUGAAUGAACAGAGCCGUUUCGUUCGAAUA